AUGUUCAUCAAGGACAGACUCUUCAUUGUCACAGGCGGUGCUUCAGGCCUUGGCGCUGCAACUGUUAAAUCCCUCUUCGAUCACGGCGCACAUGUCGCUAUCCUCGAUCGCGACGAAGAAGCAGGUCCAGCCAUCUGCAAGGAACUAGACAGUAAGCGUGUCACCUUCUACCAAUGCGACAUGGCCGACGACUCGUCUGUUGAGAAGGCCGUUGCAGAUGCCAUUGCGCAUUCGAAAUCAGUUGGCAUCCCAUUGCGAGGCGCAGCGACAUGUGCAGGUGUCGGUAUGGCCGGCAGAAUUGUAGGUAAGGGAAACAAGCCCUUUGAUCUCGAAACGUUCAAGUAUGUCCUUCAAAUCAACCUCUUCGGCACAUUCAACGUCUGCCGUCUUGUCGCUGCGCAUAUGGCAUCACUUGAUCUGGAUAGCGAGGCGAAGGAACGCGGAGUCUUGGUGAUGGUUUCUAGCGCUGCUGCGACUCAGGGACAGGUUGGACAAGUCAGCUAUGCUGCCAGUAAAGGCGCAAUCAACGCACUCACACUUCCAAUGGCUCGUGAUAUGGCCAAGAUUGGCAUCCGCACCGUGACAAUUGCUCCGUCGCUUUUUGAUACCAACAUGGGCAAGAGCACGCCCGACAAGGCUAGGGAAGCACUCGAGUCGAUGCUUGAGUUCCCGAAGCGAUUCGGCAAUGCUGCUGAGUUUGGUCACAUGGCCCGUAGUUUGAUUGAGAACACCUACGCCAACGGCGAGGUCUAUGCCAUCUCGGGCGCUUCACGUCUUGGUAAAUUAUGA